UGAGAGCUUUCGAUUCUCCUUCUGGACCUGCUCUUCGCUGUUGAGCUUGUCGGUCGAGAGCUUCGAUUUACCCAGGCGUCAAAGAUCUUUACGUCUACCAUGGCAAGGUUUUCGGCUUUGGCUAUCCUCUGCUGUUCUGUUAUGUUCUUAGGCGUCGUCCGGUGCAAGACCGUGAAGAGAGAUGUUAAAGCAUUGAAUGAAAUAAAGGCUUCACUUGGGUGGAGGGUUGUAUAUGCGUGGGUUGGAGAUGAUCCAUGUGGAGAUGGUGACUUGCCCCCAUGGUCUGGAGUAACAUGUUCCCAACAAGGAGAUUACAGAGUUGUUACAGAAUUGGAAGUAUAUGCAGUAUCUAUUGUCGGGCCUUUUCCUACUGCUGUUACAAAUUUACUUGAUCUAACACGACUGGAUCUCCAUAAUAAUAAGUUGACUGGGCCAAUUCCUCCGCAAAUAGGACGGCUGAAACACCUAAAGAUACUGAACUUGAGAUGGAAUAAGCUGCAAGAUACACUCCCUGCUGAAAUUGGCGAACUGAAGAAACUAACUCAUUUGUAUCUGAGCUUCAAUAGUUUUAAGGGAGAAAUUCCUGUGGAGCUUGCAAAUUUACCAGACCUGCGCUAUCUUUAUCUACACGAGAACCGUUUUACCGGAAAAAUUCCUCCAGAGCUGGGAAAUCUAAAAAAUCUGAGACAUCUUGAUGUAAGCAAUAACCACUUAACGGGAACACUGAGGGAUCUCAUUGGCAAUGGUGAAUGCUUUCAUUCUCUUCGCAACUUGUAUCUAAACAACAAUCAAUUAGGUGGAGGUCUACCUGAUCAGCUUGCCAACCUAUCGAAUCUAGAAAUCCUGUAUCUCUCCCACAACAAGAUAAGUGGAGCAGUAACACCUAAGCUCGUUGAGAUACCGAGAUUAACAUAUUUGUAUUUAGAUCAUAACUCGUUUGUUGGGAGAAUUCCUGAUGGAUUGUACAAACAUCCAUUCUUGAAGGAGAUGUACAUUGAAGGUAACAACUUCAAGCCUGGAGUGAAAUCGAAGGGCACACAUAAGGUUCUUGAUGUCAUCGAUACAGAGUUCUUGUUCUAGUAAGCUGAUUCAUUUAUUUGUAUUUGGAGUAAGUGGUUUUGUUUUUAUCAAUUAGCCAUAUUCAUUGCCAUCGCUGUUUAGAUUUGCUUUUCAAAAAAGCAUUUUCUGCAGUUUGGGAUGAAAUUAAGAGGAAUUUUACCUGUAAAUUAUAGAGAACAUAUAUAAUCUACAGAACUUGUUAUAUCAAGAAUGUAUACGAUU